GGGGUUGUCGCCGGGCGGGCGGGGCCGAGCUUUGUGCGCCCACGCCCCGGCCCGGGGCGCUGCCGCCGCUGCUGCCUUCUCACCGCAGAUCAAACUGCUAUUACCCAGCACUGCUGCCAAGUGAAACAACCCACCAGAAAAGAAAGUUACUAUUUAUAUGGGACAGAGCUUUUGGGUUGUGAUAAACUCCAGCUCUACAGGAACCACGGUUUCACUGUGAGGAACUAGUUCACAAGUUCUGAAGCUACCAAUCAGUCUUCCUUGAAUUUUGUUGUGUACGAGUCUUCGGUGGGGGCUGCAUAUAUAGAUGUUUUCAUGAAGAGAAGUGAGAAGCCAGAAGGUUAUAGACAAAUGAGGCCUAAGACUUUUCCUGCCAGUAACUAUACUGGCAGCAGCCAGCAGAUGCUACAGGAAAUACGAGAGAGCCUCAGGAAUUUACCUAAACCCUCAGAUGCUGCUAAAGCUGAUCACAGCAUGGGCAAAAUGUUAUCUGAAGAUCCUAGACAAGGCCGAAACCCCCCCAAAUUUGUAACGUAUCACAAAGUUUUGCAGGAGAUACGGAACUCGCUUCUGCCUUUUGCAAACGAAACAACCUCAGCUGUCAAAGGAACAUCAGAAGUUAAUCGACAGAUGCUACAAGACUUACAAGCUGCUGGCUUUGAUGAGGACAUGGUUAUACAAGCUCUCAGACAAACUAACAGCCGUAGUAUAGAAGCUGCCAUUGAAUUUAUAAGUAAAAUGAGCUACCAGGAUCCUCGUCGGGAACAGAUGGUCGCAGCAGCUGCAAGACCUGUAAAUGCAAGUAUAAAACCAUCAGCAGGGGCCGUACAACAAUCAGUUAACCGCAAGCAGAGCUGGAAGGGUUCUAAGGAGUCCUUGGUUCCUCAGAGGCACGGCCCUUCCCUGGGAGAUGGUGUUGUGUAUCGCUCAGAAAGUCCCAGCUCUCAGCCUGAUGUAGGGAGGCCUUUAUCUGGAUCUGGAAUUGCAGCAUUUACUCAGGCUCAUCCUGGCAAUGGACAGAGAGUGAAUCCCCCGCCUCUACCACAGAUAAGGAGUGUCACUCCUCCUCCUCCACCUCCUCGAGGACAGACACCCCCUCCAAGGGGAACCACUCCUCCACCUCCUUCCUGGGAACCAAACUCCCAAACGAAGCGUUACUCUGGAAACAUGGAAUAUGUCAUCUCCCGUAUUUCUCCGGUGCCACCAGGAGCAUGGCAGGAUGGUUAUCCACCUCCACCGAUGAAUCCCCCACCUAUGAGUUCUUCCACACAGGGCCAGAGAGGCAUGAGUGCUGUCCCCAUUGGCAGGCAACCAAUAAUCAUGCAGAGCUCUGCCAACAGCAAAUUUAGUUUUCCUACAGGAAGAGCUGGAAUGCAAAAUGGCAAUUGUCAGCCAGAAUUCAUAGUUCACCAGAAUAUGGUGACUGGGAACUCAGUGAGUCGCCAGCCACCUCCCUACCCCAUAAAUCCAACUAACAGGCAAAGUCCCACUGCACUACAAAUGCAGGCAGGAGGAUCUGCUCCUCCUUCAGCAUACACCAAUGGGAAUCUUCCUCAGGCAAUGAUGGUGCCAAACAGAAACAGUCACAACAUGGACCUUUAUAAUACAAAUGUGGCUGGAAUACCUGCAUCCUGGUCACAGCCUUCUCCUGUGCAACCUCAGUCAUCACCUGGCAAUGGGCAUGACCUGCCUACGUGGCAACCCAAUGUUCCUGUGCGAUCAAAUUCUUUCAACAACCAUCAUGGGAACAGGCAGAGUCACUCUGGCAGCUCUCAGCCUUCAGCUACAACAGUAACAGCUAUAACACCAGCUCCCAUUCAGCAGCCAGUGAAAAGCAUGCGUGUCUUAAAACCAGAGCUACAGACUGCCUUAGCACCCACCCACCCUUCCUGGAUGCCACAACCAGUGCAAACUGUUCAGACCAUGCCUUUUUCUGAGGGUCCCUCUACAAACAUGUCAGUUAUGUCUCCUGUUGCAGAGGCUCCAAAUUACCAGGGUCCACCACCACCUUACCCAAAACACUUGUUGCACCAGGCUCCCUCAGUCAAUCUGUAUGAGACAGGACCCAAGCUCAACAAAGAGGAACCACCUAUUUUAUCCAAGGAGGAUGAGAACGAAAAGAAUUAUGAAAGUGUUGACUCAACAGAUAAAGAAAAGAAGCAAAUUACAACAUCACCUGUCCCUGUUAGAAAAAACAAGAAAGAUGAAGAAAGAAGAGAGUCACGUAUUCAAAGCUAUUCCCCUCAGGCCUUUAAAUUCUUCAUGGAGCAGCAUGUGGAGAAUAUACUCAAGUCACAUCAGCAGCGUUUGCAUCGGAAAAAACAACUAGAGAAUGAAAUGAUGCGGGUUGGAUUGUCACCAGAAGCCCGAGAUCAAAUGAGGAAAAUGUUGUGCCAGAAAGAGUCAAAUUACAUUCGGCUAAGAAGAGCUAAAAUGGACAAGUCAAUGUUUGUAAAAAUUAAAACCCUGGGAGUUGGUGCAUUUGGAGAAGUUUGCCUAGCAAGAAAAGUGGAUACUAACGCUUUAUAUGCAACAAAAACUCUGAGGAAAAAAGAUGUAUUGCUUAGAAAUCAAGUUGCUCAUGUUAAAGCUGAGCGGGAUAUCCUUGCAGAAGCUGAUAAUGAAUGGGUAGUUCGCCUGUACUAUUCAUUCCAAGAUAAGGACAAUUUGUACUUUGUAAUGGACUACAUUCCAGGAGGUGAUAUGAUGAGUCUCCUAAUUAGAAUGGGUGUCUUUCCAGAAAAUCUGGCACGGUUCUACACAGCAGAACUGACCUGUGCAGUUGAAAGUGUUCAUAAAAUGGGCUUCAUCCACAGGGAUAUUAAACCUGACAAUAUCUUGAUAGACCGUGAUGGUCAUAUUAAAUUGACUGACUUUGGGCUCUGCACAGGUUUUCGAUGGACCCACGAUUCAAAAUACUACCAGAGUGGUGAUCAUGCCCGUCAGGACAGUAUGGAUUUCAGCAGUGAAUGGGGUGACCCAGCGAAUUGCAGGUGUGGAGAUCGGCUGAAGCCGCUCGAGCGCAGGGCUGCGCGUCAGCACCAGCGCUGCCUGGCCCAUUCCCUCGUUGGCACACCCAAUUAUAUUGCACCAGAAGUAUUGUUACGAACAGGUUAUACACAGCUGUGUGACUGGUGGAGUGUUGGAGUAAUUCUCUUUGAAAUGUUAGUGGGGCAGCCUCCAUUCCUGGCACAAACACCACUGGAAACACAGAUGAAGGUUAUCAACUGGCAGACUGCACUUCAUAUUCCACCUCAAGCUAAAUUGGCUCCAGAGGCCUCCGACCUUAUCAUCAAACUCUGCCGAGGGCCAGAAGAUCGUUUAGGCAAAAACGGUGCAGAUGAAAUCAAAGCUCAUCCAUUUUUUAAAACAAUUGACUUCUCAAGUGAUCUGCGGCGUCAGUCUGCUUUCUACAUUCCUAAAAUUGCUCAUCCUACGGACACGUCAAACUUUGAUCCAGUUGAUCCAGAUAAAUUAUGGAGUGAUGAUGACAAGGAAGGAAAUAGAAACGAUACACUCAAUGGGUGGUACAAAAAUGGCAAACAUCCUGAACAUGCUUUUUAUGAGUUCACCUUCCGUAGGUUUUUUGAUGACAAUGGCUACCCAUACAACAAUCCUAAGCCCAUUGAAUAUGAGUACAGUAGUUCCCAGAACUCAGAACAGCAGUCAGAUGAUGAUGAUGAUGAUGACGAUGAGCAGGCAGGCAGAGGAGUUCAAAAUCGUGACCUGGUUUAUGUUUAGUAAGUAGAUAAAUAAAGUUUAAAAACUAAAGUUAUUUUGCAGCUGCAGUGUUUGAAAAGUGUCAUAAGAGAAUUGAGUCAAGAUUGCCAGGGCAAAUACAUGCAUGGGGUUUUGUUUUU